CCUGUGACGUAAGGGCGGGGCGGGAGGGGAGGUACGGCAACAUCAGGGCGUCCGGUCUUCUCUGUCGCUAGGAAGCGGGCAACCGGAGGAAAGAUGGUUUACAUCUCGAAUGGUCAGGUGUUAGACAGCCGGAAUCAGUCCCCCUGGAGAUUGUCUUUCAUAACAGAUUUCUUCUGGGGAAUAGCAGAAUUUGUGGUUUUUUUUUUCAAAACUCUGCUUCAGCAAGAUGUGAAGAAAAGAAGAGGCUACGGGGGCUCCUCUGAUUCCAGAUACGAUGACGGAAGAGGGCCACCAGGAAACCCUCCACGAAGAAUGGGUCGGAUCAGUCACCUUCGUGGCCCCAGCCCUCCUCCAAUGGCCGGUGGAUGAGGAAGGUAAACGUCUGCUCUGAGAAGCAGACAACUAGACAUACACGCGUAGAAGGGAACCAUCAAGGUUGAGGAGCGGCUCAUGAGGAGAAGAUGGUGUAUGUCCAAACAAGGACUGCUCUGUGUCCUCACAGAGAAUGAGGUCAUGCUGGGAACUCCCUCUGCAGGAUCUGGCCUGACUGAUGUGCAGUUCUAUAAAUGUACAUGUGUGUCUCCUUAUCUGUUUUGUAUAGUUUACUAAAGUUAAUAUAGAUUUAAGAAGUAAAUAUUUUUAGGUUGCAAAACUUGAUUCUUCAUCUUUAUAUGAUUAUACCCAAAAUCCUUGAUCUGGAAGAAAUAAAGGCCAUGUAGUUAGUCCUGGA